GGAGAUUGACUGGCAGGCGGACGGACGGGCGGGCGGGCAAAAGAAAAAAAAGGAAGGACCGCUAAAGAGUCAGAGUCAAGAGGCAGCAAAGUUGAAAGUACAGCCCAGUCAUUUUGGGGAUCCCAACCCAUGCGGAUGACGUGAAGCCCUUCUCCCGACUGCCCAGCUGCCGUACAAGCCUGCAGCCAGCACUGCAGGGAUGGAGAAGCAAGUGGAAGUGGAAGUGGAGGAGCUGAGGCAGCAGCUGGAGAAGCAAUGCCUCAUCAACAAGGAGCUGCAGAGGCAAAAUCAAGAUUUGGAGCAACGCCUGCAGGAGAAGGAGAAACUUCUGCAAGAGCUCCACACUCACUACCACGACCUCGAGUUUCCGCCUCCGAGCGGCGACGAGAUCAAACCCGAGUACAGGACCAGUCGCGCCGCCGUCAUCGCGUCCGAACCCAUCCAGGAGACGCUGGAGAUCAGGAAGUCCAGAGUCAAGAAAACGGACAGCGAGACGGGCCUGAUCGUCAAAGCCAUCCGCAAGAACGACUUCCUGAGCCGGCUGGACGACGAGCAAAUCGCCAUGAUGGUGGACCUCCUGGAGACCUCGGCCAUCGGCCGCGGCAGCGAGGUCAUCAGGGAAGGCACGGAGGGGGACAGCAUGUACAUCGUGGCAGCCGGCGAGCUUCUGGUCAGCCAAGCGGGCCGCGACCUCCGAACCCUAACCAGCGGCGACAUCUUCGGGGAGUUGGCCAUCCUGUACAACUGCAAACGAACGGCCACGGUUAAAGCAAAGACGGAGGUGCGUCUGUGGUCCAUGGAGAGACAGACGUACAGGACCAUCAUCACCAACAAAUCCAAGAAGAAACGAGAGCAGCUCCUGGGCUUCCUGAAGACGUCUCGGACUCUGAAGGACCUGAACGAUGUCCAGUUGUCCAAAAUCAUCGACUCCAUGGAGGAGGUGAAGUACCAGAACAAAGAGGUCAUCGUGCGAGAAGGCGCCGAAGCCAACACCUUCUACAUUAUCCUCAAAGGAGAGGUCCUGGUGACCAAAAGCGUCAACGGGCUUCAGAAGCCCAUCCGACGGAUGGGGAAGGGCGAGCAUUUCGGCGAGCAGGCCCUCAUACGCGAAGUAUUGCGAACGGCCACCUGCACAGCCGACGGGCCCGUCACCUGCUUCUCCAUCGACAAAGAGGUGUUUGAGGAGACCAUCCCCGUCGAGCACUUGGAGCUUUUUGACGACUCCAAGAUGCUGCAGGAGGCGCAGGCUCCGCCAAAGUCCAGCCUCAACCCCACUCUGAGCUUGAAGGACCUGGUGCCGGUCCUGUACCAGGAGGGCCGCUACCUAGGGGACCCGGUCACGCUGGGAGUCGGAGGCUUCGGCCGCGUGGAACUGAUGACCACCUUGAACCACGGCAAGUAUUACGCCAUAAAGCGAGUGAGUAAGAAGCACAUCGUUGCCAAGAGACAGGAGGAGCACAUGUUGUUUGAGAAGAAGAUCCUCAAGGCCGUCCAGUGCGACUUCAUCGUCAGACUUCACGCUGCCUUCAAAGACACGCGUUACAUCUACAUGGUGAUGGAGUUCUGCAGCGGCGGAGAAAUCUGGACCAAACUCAAAGAAGUAGGGCGUUUCGACGAGCAGAUUGCGGUCUUCUGCACGGCGUGCGUGGUGGAGGCCUACGCCUACCUCCACAAGAAGAGCAUCAUGUACAGAGACCUCAAGCCCGAGAACCUCAUGCUGGACCCGCGCGGCUACGUCAAACUGGUGGACUUUGGUUUCGCCCGAGAGUUGGUGAGCGGCGGGAAGUCCUACUCCUUUGUGGGGACUCCUGAAUACAUGGCCCCCGAGAUCAUCAAGAACCAGGGACACGACUUUGCGGUCGACUUCUGGUCGCUGGGCAUCCUCAUCUACGAGCUGCUGGUGGGAAGUCCUCCCUUUUCGAGCUCGGAGCCUCAGAAUAUUUACGCCAAGAUCUUGGACGGCGCGCUCACGUAUCCUCCCUACCUCAGCGAGGCGGCCAAGUCCAUCAUCAGUAAGCUGUGCAGACCGCGACCCGGCCAGAGGUUGGGAAACACCAAGAAUGGCAUUAAAGAUGUCCGACAUCACAGGUGGUUCGGCAACAUGAACUGGCACAAGCUGCGCAUGGCGCAGCUGGACGCGCCCACCGUCCGCCUCAUACGCAAGGGCCCGUGCUACAUCAAUUUCGACCGCUUCCCUCAGGACCAGACCAAGGCCGAUGAGGAGUUCUCAGGUUGGGACCGAGACUUCUAAGCGCGGCCGAUGACCGUGUCAUAACUCAGGACAACCCAAAAUGAGCCUCGAAGUGCCUCCGCAUAGUCACAAGGAAUUGAUAUUAGUGCCGCACCGAGGAGCCUCAGCCCUCCUCAUGUACAGGGUAUGCUCGGUUCCACCUGAAUAAAUAGAACACGCUCUCGUUUCUCAAA